AUGCAUCAAGAGCGCUUUCUCCUCGAACUGGGCAAGCGCGGGAAAGUUGUGACCAACAACAAAUCGCACAGCCACCACGUCUUGUCCACCGCAACCACCAUCAUGGCCUCCCCAACGAAUGCAGACGUCCCUCAAAUCGACAAAUCCUCUUUCGAUGCCAUGGACAGGAAUAGUACGGCAUACAAGCUCAUAUAUUACCAACUCUUCCGGGAAGCCGCUUGCCGCCAGAUCGAAGAGCUCAACCAGGUAUCUCAUGACCGGCCUUUCAUGGUGUAUUGGAGGUCCUUAGACCUACAGAAGCAAGAAAUGCUGAUGUCAAGCAUGUUACGAAACGUGGCGUUCCAGCCCGACUUUGACUUGAACGACGUCGAGCGUCAGGAGCGUGUCAUGUCAACCAUUUUCCUCGGUGAACUCGUUGUUGCGAUGAGAAAGCAGGAGAAGAGGACGAAGAAGAAAGUGGCACCAAGAGGAAAUCCUCUGCUACGGCUAGCCAUCGAGCAGUCAGCGUCAGUACGACAAGCAACAAUCAUGUAA